GAUCAAUCUCUAUUAGCUAAUGGCUCCUCAUGAAUCAUUCAUCCCCACAAUUAACAAUGGUCAUAUUGAUGUCCAAGAACUAGGGAAGGCAAACUCAACUUCCAUUCCUCAACGAUUCAUACGAGAUCACAUUCCUACUCCCACCACGUUUCUUUCUUUUUCAAACGACAUCCCUGUCGUAGAUUUAUCAACUCUUUGUAAAGGUAGUGGCGGAGAAUUUAAUUAUGAGAUCUCGAAACUUGUAUCUUCAUGUCAAGAAUGGGGUUUCUUCCAGGUGGUAAACCAUGGGAUUGAUCUGAAUAUGAUUGAGAGCAUGGAGAAUGUGACAAUGGAAUUCUUUAACCUUCCUUUGGAGGAAAAACAAAAAUACUCUAUGGCUCCUGGUGGUAUUCAAGGAUAUGGACAAGCUUUUGUUUUCUCCGAUGAUCAAAAGUUAGAUUGGUGCAAUAUGUUCGCACUCGCGGUUAUACCAGAUUUUAUGAGGCAGGCGGAUUUGUGGCCAACACGACCUGCUAAGUUUAGUGAAACUUUAGAGGAAUACUCCAAGCAAGUGAGGAUACUAUGCCAAAAGUUGUUGAGUUUCAUAGCCAUAAGUCUUGGAUUAAACGCGAACACAUUUGAGGAGAUGUUUGGUGAGUCGGUACAAGCGACGAGAAUGAACUAUUACCCACCGUGCCCUAAACCCGAACUGGUCAUGGGUUUGAGCCCACAUUCGGAUGGUAGUGCACUCACUGUUUUACAACAACGAAAAGGUAGUCCGGUUGGGCUUCAAAUACUCAAAGACGGCGACACAUGGGUUCCGGUCCAACCUAUUCCGGAAGCUCUUGUCAUCAAUAUUGGUGACACAAUUGAAGUUCUAACAAACGGGAAAUACAAGAGCGUGGAACACAGAGCAGUAGCGGAUAAAGAAAUGGACAGACUUUCAAUAGUCACGUUCUACGCUCCAAGCUACGAUAUUGAGCUCGGGCCGAUGAAGGAAUUUAUUAAUGAGAAUAAUCCUUGCAAGUAUAAGAGGUAUAACCAUGGAGAAUAUAGUCACCACUAUGUGACUAACAAGCUGCAAGGCAAAAAGACCCUAGAAUUUGCCAAGAUUUAAUAUUUACUUAGUUGGAUUUAAUGUUGAAGAAUCAUUACUUUUAAUAAGUUCUAUUGUCUCAUUAAUGUUUUAAUGAUUUUUAUUACCUUAGAA